AUGAAUCAUGAGUACAAACAUUAUAUUUGCUCUGAUUUUGUUAUCUGUGUGAAUGUCACUUCUGGUGAGAUAGAAAAUAGAAUGAUGAUGACUGGUAUGCACACUGUGGCAGACAUUUUCGGUGUCUGUUGUGGGUCAAAUGUUGAAUGGAAAUAUGUGAAGACCGCCCAUGAGAUGAGCCAAAAGUACAAAGAAGGAAAAUCAAUGCUUGAGCGGUUUAAGAUUUGUGGCCCUGAUGGAAGCCAUUACUCGGCUAGUCAUGAUAUUCAUGUUGCAGGAAGUGAUGCUGAUGAUGUUUGAUCACCAUCCAGAACAAAAAUUCUAUCCAAAAAUGUACAUUCUUUAACUCACCACCCCAUUAGUUCUUUAUGGACCAUUGGAUUCUUGAAUAGCUUAAGCUACUACAACUUCUUUAAGCUUGUCCUAUAUUGU